CGGCGGCGCUGAAGGAGUGCGCGGCGGAGUGGGGGAUGAGCACGGCGGAGUGGGCGCAAGGCGCGGACUGCGCGCAGGCGGAGCCUAUCCUGUGCGACAAGGACGGCAUGGUCACAGAACUGCACCUGAAUUCAAAGCAACUCAAUGGCUCCAUCCCCCUCGCCCUCACCGCGCUCUCCCACCUCAAAUCGCUGGAUCUGCAGUCCAACAGUCUCUCCGGCCCUGUGCCCUCCGCCCUCUCCGCCCUCCGCCUGCUGACCUCUCUGAGGCUGAGCAGCAACAACAACCUCACGGGUCCAAUCUUCACCGUCAUUGCGCGCAUGCCAUCACUCGUCCAACUCGAGAUUGAUUCCAACAGCUUCACGGGACCCAUUCCACUCACAGUUUCGCGCCUGCAGAAUCUCUCGUCUCUUGAUAUGAAUAAUAAUGACUUACUCGGGCCGCUGCCACCAGCCUUCUUCCGCCUCACCGCCCUCGCAAACCUACGCAUCUCAUCGACGGGCCUCUCGGGCCCCCUGCUCAAUGACAUCACCGGCCUCUCCUCUCUUGAAUUGCUCUACGCGACCAGCAACAACAUCUCAGGAAGCAUCCCCAGCACCAUCUCUGCCCUCUCCCGCCUCACGGAGCUGUCGCUGGAUGACAACCCCCUCCUCUCGGGCUCCCUGCCUCGCACCCUCUCUCGCCUCACCACCCUAGGGCAUCUGCUCAUGUCCCAUCCCUUGCCACUGCCUAUCCUGCAACAAUGCCUUCUGAUUCUCUCAUCUUUCCACGCCUCAUCUCCCUUCUCCCCUCGUUUCAUCUUCUCCCCUCCUUUACCCAUCAUCUCCCCUCCCUUAUCCUCCCCCCAUCCCCACUCCACACCCCCCUCCAGCACGCUGAGCGACACAAACAUUUCAGGCGAGCCGCCUCGCUUCCUCACGGCCCUCACGCGUCUCACCACCUUGUGCGCCUCUCCCCACCCUCUGCAUACCUCCCCACCCUCCGUCCCCCUCUCUCUGUCCCUCCGUCCCCCUCUCUCUUCCAUGUCAUUUCAACCGCCUGUCAUCCCUUCCAACCUAUUCACCCAACGAGUGUUACCUCAAUCAACCCACGCCUUGCCUCCUGUUCUGCCAUUGCCUAUCCUUCCACAUCUCCCUCUCCCCCCCCAUCUCUGUCCCGGGAGGGAGCAGACGGGGGAGGAUUCGACCACACCUCUGCUAAAGCGCACACCCGCCUGCCCUCACAUCCCCCUGGCUGACAUCCUUAGAGCCACGAAUGGGAAAGAAGAAGCAGCAAGGGGGAGAAGUGCAGGGGGAUUCUCAGGGGCAGCGGGAGGGAAGCGGCAAGGGGGGAGGUUCACAGGGCAAGCGGGAGGGGAGCAGCAAGGGGGGAGGUUCUCAGGGGCAACGGGAGGGAAGCGGCAAGGGGGGAGGUUCUCAGGGGCAACGGGAGGGAAGCGGCAAGGGGGGAGGUUCACAGGGCAAGCGGGAGGGGAGCAGUGGGCCGUGAAGCGCAUGAGGAGGGGGGCGCAUGGGGCAGAGAGCGCGGAGCUUGAGGCUCAUGUGGCGGGCCUGGCUUGCCUUGUGCACCCCAACGUGCUGGUGCUUGUGGGCUGGUGCUGCUGGCCUGUAGAGGGGGAGGAGGGGGAGGGGGAGGGGGAGGAGGCGAGGGGGCAGGAAGGGGGGAGUGAGCUAGUGUUGGUGUAUAAGUGGAUGGAGCGGGGCAGCUUGCAGGCAGCACUGCAGCCAGGUGUGCACCAUAAGGCAUGUGAUGCCAAUUUAGGGCACCUCACGCCUGCUCCAUCGUACCUACCGCGUGCCGUGUCCAUGCAUCCCCACACCCGCACCGCCAGGCGCCACCCCGUUGUCGCUGCAGCAGCGGGUGGACAUAACAGUGGGGGGGCUGCUGGUGCUGAAGGCAGUGCAGAGCCACGGGCCUCUUACUUCUCUCUUGCUUCCCCCAUCCCAAUCACCCGCACUGGCAGGCUCCACCCCGUUGUCGCUGCAGCAGCGGGUGGACGUGGCAGUGGGGGGGCUACUGGCGCUCAAGGCAGCGCCACGCCCUUGUCGCUGCAGCAGCGGGUGGACGUGGCAGUGGGGGUGCUACUGGCGCUCAAGGCAGUGCAGAGCCACGGGCAGGUGCAUGGCGACCUCAAACCCUCCAACGUUCUGCUCAGCCCUUCCUUUGAGGCGCGAGUGGUUGACUGGAGCGUGGUGUGCAUGGGGCAGCGCGUGCAUGUGGACAUGGGAGACAAUGGCUUGGAAGGGCACCGGAAAGGCUUUGGCAACAAAGGGUUGGCAAGGAAAUUUUCCUUGCCCAGUGGAGAGAAAGGCACCAGCAGCAGCAGCAGCAGUGGCAAGAUUGGUGGCAACAGUGGGUAUUCAUGGGGGUCCGGUCGGAGUGGCAGCAGCAUCAGCAGCAGCAGCGGAGGCGAGCAGAAGGUGUAUUUGUUGCGGUGCACUGAGGGACAUGUGGACCCGGCUGUGGUGCGCACCGGCAUUGCCUCUCCCACCAGUGACAUGUACAGUGGUUGCCUUGCCAUCGCUCCACAUCAGCAUGUUGCCAUCGCUCCACAUCAGCAUGUCACCAUCAUUCCACAUCUCCCUCCUCUCCAACCUGUCUCCUCCACCUCUCCACCUCCCUUCUCCCCUCCCUCUCCCCAUCUCCGUCCCUUUCACCCUCCCCAUUCGAUUCCGCCCUGUGUUCGCCAGUGUGGGAGUGCUGCUGCUACAGCUGCUCACAGGGUGGGCGGGUCCCUUCAGGGAUGUGGAUGGGCAGCGCACCCACAUCUACCACUGGGUGCGUAA